AUGGAGCCGCUGCAGCGAGUGAAGGACGCGUCCCAAACCCUGGGGAAGCUGGCGGCUCACAGCGCUGCCGCCGGUGGAUCCGUGGAGGCCGGGGCGGCCUCGGGGCUGGGAGCUGCGGCUGGCGAGAAGCUGGACCUGGUGACCCUGCUCCGACUAAGAGAACAAAUGAAACAGCAACUUAUGGAAUAUAAUACAACAGUUCAUGCAGGUGAAGAAAGCAUUCCAGACCAAGCCAUAGAAGAAAAGCUAAUUGAGGCUGCCACAGAAGAUCUGGAAAGAGAAAUGGAACAAGUGAAAGUCUCCUUUCAAAACAAAACACUGGUGUUACAAAGGAUCCAGCUUAUAGAUGCCCUCAGAACCAAACUGAGACACACUGAUGCUGACUCAAAGUUGAUCUUGGAAACUAUAAAACACAUCAUAAUGCUUAGUACUGCAAUACUUGAAUCUCAGCAGCAAGCACGUGAGUUGGAAGAAAAACUGAAUGAGAUUAAAAAAAGGAGAUUCGCACUAAAGCAAGCUGGAGAACACAAACUGCUACAGAUACACACUCUGAAGAAAAAACAAAAAGAGGAACUAGAGGGUAUGGAAGUAGGUGAAAUGUUAAAGAGAAUAUGUAGAAACUUGCAAAAAGAAACACAGAUGACUACGUUAAUUCAAAAUAUCUUCCAGGGCAUCAUUAUUGGAAGUAAAGUCAACUGGGCAGAGGAUCCAGUUUUGAAGGCAAUUGUUCUACAGCUUGAGAAAAAUGUGAACUGUAUCUGA